GUUCACCAAAGAACCAGGUAAAUCGCCUGUUUUCCAUGACUUGUUAAAUGGAACAAUACGAACACGAACAAUCGAAACCAGAUUGCAGUAGUCAAAACUCGUUUGCGCUGCUGGACGAGGCGAAUUCCCGAUUUCGGGUUUGGCAGUCCCGUCAAGCCAAGCGACGCCAGCUACUCCAGCAGUACUCUGUACCAUCCGUUACAGCGGUUGAGGAAGACCAUCCCCACUCAGCAAAACCGAUUACACAGUACCAGAGGAACUUGGGGGACUUUGAUGAGGCAGCUUAUCGCAAGCGAUUUAUUCUACCAGUAAUAUCCCGCCUCAGAUUACCUACACUGAGCAGACGUUUACGUAACAGAAUAAAGCGCCUUCUACGGGACCAUUUUGGACUGGCUGGUGUCCACACAUCUCAGCAACUACAUCAACUAGGCUUACUUUUUCCUAAGUUAGCCACACUUCCUCCGUGUGUUUCGGGGGAGUCGCUCAAACCAAGCUUGGAGUCAAACAAAACGACCCGAUCUGCAGGUGGUGCAAAACUCAAUGAUGGAGAGCUUAUCGAUUCUUUUGCCGGUCAGGCAGUGGGUAAUGAUGACUUGCUGAUCAAAACCUACACUGGUUCUGCUACCUUCCUCAAAGGAACCCAGAGUGCGAAUCCACAUAACGACUACUGUCAACACUUCGUCGAUACCGGUGAACGUCCACAAAAUUUCAUUCGGGAUACCGGUCUGCGUAAUCGGUUUGAAGAAUAUCCGAAAUUACGGGAACUGAUACGACUUAAGGAUGAAUUGAUACAGACGAAGGCCACUCCGCCAAUGUAUUUGAAGGCCGAUUUAAAGACAUUUGAUUUGAAUGAACUUCACUCUAAAUUUGAUGUUGUCCUGGUCGAACCACCUUUAGAGGAAUACCAUCGUAUGAACGGUGCAGUAUUUGAUCAGCACUGGACCUGGGAUGAGAUUGAACGGUUGGAAAUUGAACAAAUUAUAGCUCCGCGCGCAUUUGUGUGGAUAUGGUGUGGAUCAGGUGAAGGAUUGGAUGCUGCUCGAAGGUGCUUACGAAAGUGGGGCUUCCGGCGUUGUGAAGAUAUUUGCUGGAUCAAAACCAACCACGGUCGUCCAGGACACGAGGCUCUGGAACCCGGUGCUGUAUUUCAACGUACAAAGGAGCACUGCCUCAUGGGAAUCCACGGCACCGUCCGGCGCUCUACCGACGGCGAUUUCAUCCAUGCCAACAUUGAUAUUGAUUUGAUCAUUGAAGAUGCACCGAAAUAUGGUAGCUACACGGCGAAGGAUAAACCAACUGAAAUAUUCCACAUUAUCGAACACUUUUGUCUGGGACGUCGUCGUUUGCAUCUUUUUGGACGUGACAGUACUCUGCGUGCUGGAUGGCUUACUGUCGGAAAUGAACUCUCGGCGUCCAACUUCGAUCACCGUUUGUAUGCGGCUAAUUUCACAAAGGAUCCAAAUGGAUCGUUACUGGGCACCACAGAGGAAGUCGAACGACUCCGACCAAAAUCCCCGCCACCUCGACACUCCUCCAACCCAUCGACUGCGGUCAAUCCGGUGGGAGCCAAGUCCCAAGAACUAACGGGCCUCGCAGGGACCACGAUAACCACGACGCACUCACGGAACUUGCUUCAGACACUACCGGUUAGCAAGACCAGUAACGUGGAGCUUUCAGGCUACGCUGGACGCCGGUUAGGUCUCGGUGGCUCAUUGAAACUUCACGGUUCGGGCGGCUUGCAACCGUCGUUACUUGGGCUACCUUCUCCCAUGCCGAUUGACGGUUUUCCUGGAUCCUCACGCUCGACAUUCAGUACGCGGGACCGGUCGGCUCUGACAGCUACAAGUACCUGCCUCAAUACAAUACCAUCGCGCAAUAUCACCAUCGAUGUCCAACCCAACGCAUCAAAUCAACAAGCAAGCCUCCUAUCUUCACUGUGGCCUCCAGCUGCUACAAACAGUCUGACCAUGGCACUUGCAGCAGCCAGUCAGACACAACUAUUUGGUGCCGGUACACUUGGGUCAUCAGUGCUGCGUCCGUCUGUGGUCAACGCCCCAUUGGUUUCCAGCUUGUUGAACACCGGCAAAGUGACACCUGCGAUGCUUGCUGCUUUGACAGCGGCCACUUCCUCGCUUAAUUUACCAGCUUUUACUGACCCUGUGAGGGCCUUGGGACAAAAUUUAUCAAGCUUCCAUCGAGGUCAUCAUGCAAAUUGGCAUCAAUGAAGCUUGUACAAUUGACGAGUUUUUCUCUUUUCAUGAGUCCCUUUCGGUGACAACUUUUCGUACGUGUUUCCAUCAGUCAGA